AUGACAGAAGGAGUAAAACGGGUUUUACCUUCAUUUAAUAUUUUACCAAAAAAAAUGAGUCAUGACCAAAAACGGUUUCAAAUAUUUGAAAAUUAUAAUGAAAAAAAAAAGGUAAUAGAAGCAAUUAAACAACCAGUUAAUGAAUUAAUUGAGCAAGUAGAAAAUAAAGAGUUAAAGGCAAAACUCUCAAGAGAAGUAAAAAGUCUUAUUGAUGAGUUAAUACAACAAAUCAGUGAUCUUAAAAAUCAAAUAAAAGUAUUAGAAAGAAAAUAUGAAAUAUAUAAUAUUCAAGAACAAAAUACUGUUAUUAGAAGUCAGUUACAAAAUGAUAACAUUCCAAAAUUAACAGAAACAAAAGAUAAUAAAGAAAUUAUUCCAAUGGAAUGUGAAACAAAUACAACAAGUAUUUUAUUUGAAGAACAUAAAGAUACUCCUCAAGUAGAUACAGGUUUAAUAGAAAUACAGAAUAAAAGAAGAAUACUUGCUGAUAAACAAAUUAAUGAAGUAGCAAAAUGUAGAUGGAUUGAACAAAUGUUUGGAGAAGGAUGGGAUAUGAUUGAAGUAAAAGAAAAUUAUCUUUUGACAAUACAAAACGAAAUAAUAUCACAUUUAGAAAUUGAAAUAUCAUUAUGUAUUGUUAUAUUUGAUGGCUAUGGUAAUGUGAUUGGGUUUGAAAUAGAAGGGAUGAAUAAACUUAAUUAUUAUAAUGAAAUACAUGAUGUACAAUGUACUUUAUUUUCUCUUUAUGAUGAAACAAAAGAAGAAAUGAAUUGUAAAAUGUAUCGAUUAACUGAAGACAAUAAUAUUAUUAUAUUAUUUAAUAAAAGUGGAGAAAUUAUAUGUAAAGUUAAUGUAAAUGGAAGAGAUAUUAUUAAAAUAGGUGUUCCUAUAAUACAAUUAAGUUCAAUUGAUAUUGAAACAAUUAAUAUUGAGGAUGAUACUGUUUAUAAUUCAUUUAUAAAAUUUAUUUCACAUCAAGACAUAGAAAAUGAAAUUGAUAUUCAAGGAAUGUUAUGCUUUUAUAAAAAAAAUACAUUUAAUGGAAAAGAAAAUGAAGAUUUUAUAAUAAAUAGAUUUAAGAAAGAAAAAGAUAAACAGAAUGGUAUUGAUGAUGAACAACAAGUAGAUGAUAUUUUAAUUACUAUUAUUCAAGAAAUGUCAGAAAAAAGUGAAUGGGAAAUGAUAUUUUCAUCAAAAACAAUGAAAGAAACAAAUAAAAAUUUUAAUGAAAUAGUAAUAAAUCAAAAGAGUUUGUUAAUUAAUUUACAAACAAAAGAAAAAGAAUGGGUUUGUAUUUAUAUUGAAGAUAAAAUAAUAAAAAAAGAAUUUAACCAAAUAACAAAUCAAACACAUUUUAUUUAUUCAACAAAAACGAAAAAAAAGUAUCAAUUAAAAGAUAACAUGAUUAUUUCAUUUUCUCUUCAUGAUAAUAAUUGUUCAUUAUUUACUCUUGGAAAUAGAAUUGGUUUUAUUCAUAUAGCAAAAACGAAAAAUAAAAGAUGUUGUGUUUCAAGAUUAUCUGAAUUAUAUAAAGAAAUGAAUGAUAAUGAUUUAUUUAAUAUUUCUUCUUCUAUUAAUAAAUUUGAAAUACAUCAAAUUAUAAUUCUUAAAUUGAGUUAA